GACCGUCUCCUCGCCCCCCCUGUGUCUCUGGUAUCCGGACUCCGGGCCAUGGAAACGCUCCCUACAACUCUGCUGUUUGUUGAUGACAUGCGGGGUAUUAAUAGAUGUUGUUGUCAUCUUUCCGUAACAGCCCGGCUGCGACGUUCGGUAUAAAGGAGACUCCUUCCAAAAUGCAACUGUACAACAGUGUGCUCACACACUACCCGAGGUCGUCUCGCAAAGUUACAAUAACUUUAUCGACCGGACCCGAGCGCCUGAACGGGAACGCGCCGAGCUCCUCUGACGCGCAUAAACCGGGAUUCACACAACCGGGCUCCACUCCAACGACCAACAGGGAUCCGGUGAGACAGGCUGCUUCUUCCGCAAACAUGCAGGCCUUCUCGUGCUACAAACCUUCAUCUAUGAGGCCUGUUUACUUCACUUCCACUGCUGAGAUAUUAAUCCGCAGACCUGAUGGAGUGGAGAGGUCUGUGCCGGUCCACAUCAUGAGGGAGUCCAGGACCAAACCCUGCUCUCCUGACUCCCGUAACGGUGAGAGAAUCCUCUAUGAGGACUGUGACUCUGAUGUGAUCGUGGACUUGAUAGAUCAGCUGAGAAAUGGCAGAGAGGAGCUGGUUGGAAAUCACUUUUUCAACAGAAACAACAUGUGUGGACCCAGAAGAGAAGAAAGCGAGAAGGUGGUUGGAAAUUCAAGUGAGGAGGAUACAGAUUCUGUAGCUCAUGCUCCCUUCAGAAGCAAUGGAUGGGACUCAUUACAUGAAGGGGAGCUGGUUCCCUCCAGAGCAGAGGACCCCGAAGGCCUCAUAAAGGAAGACUUUAGGGAUCAGAGCAGUGGCAAAGCUGCCCCGGCAUCGGAUGAGAGACGGGCCUUUGAGCUCAGCGUUCUGCAGGAGUCUCCUCCACGGAGGUGCAGAGAGCCGGAGGACGUCAACAAUAAAGUCACCCGGUACCUGGCGGAAGUAGAGAAGCAAAACAAGUACCUCCAGGAGAGGCAUAAGUACAGGUACCACAUCAUUCCAGACGGCAACUGUCUGUACAGAGCUGUGUGCAAGGCCACGUACGGGGACCAGGCGAGGCACGGGGAGCUGAGGGAGCAGACGGUGCACCACAUCGCCGACCACCUGGAGGAGUUCAACCCCAUCAUCGAAGGGGACGUAGGGGAGUUCCUGAUCAACGCAGCGCAGGACGGUGCCUGGGCGGGUUACCCCGAGCUGCUCGCCAUGAGCCAGAUGCUGAACGUCCACAUCCACCUGACGACGGGGGGGAGCUCGGAGAGCCCCACCGUCUCCACCAUGGUGCACUAUCUCGGGGGGGAGGAGGACGCCUCCAAGGGGGCCAUGUGGCUGAGCUGGCUGAGCAACGGCCACUACGACGUCAUUCUGGACAAGUGUCUCCCCAACCCGGAGUACGAGGACUGGUGCAGACAGUCCCAGAUGCAGAGGAAGCGGGACGAGGAACUGGCCAAGUCGAUGGCUGCCUCAUUAUCCAAAAUGUACAUUGAGCAGAAUGGAUCUGCGUGAAAUGAAUGCAUUAAAGGACGCACACUGAUCCAGUAGAAUGCAGAACCUCUGAUUCUGCUCAGAAAAUAUUUUUUUAUAAGAUUUAUAUCUUCAGAGAGAGAAAGUGCAGUGCACAUAUUUUGUUUUUUUUUGUAUAUGCCAGCAUUGCCAAAUUAGUGGCAGUGAUUCUAAAAGAGUGUGAGUGUUCUUUGUAUGAGGAAGUGCUUUUGAGUAUUUAUUUGCCUUCUAUUGUCUGACUUGUUAUUUUUCUAUGUUUGUGCUUUGUAGACCAUUGCCAAUUACAGAAAAGACUUUGAUUUGCUAUUUGUCACUAUAGCUACUGUUAAAUAUCUGUAAUGCUACUCUCUUUUGCACAUAAUUCCUAUAAGACAAGUCCAGAGAGUUUGAUUUGUGUCAGUGAAAACAAUUCUUUUUCUAUUAUUCCAGUUCUC